GUUAAACAACACCAGAACACAGCUCCAUAGUCCAUACAAUCUUAGUUUCACGACGUCGACAUGUCAAAAACAAACUCUUUCUCUCAUAUGUAUUUGAUUUCAAAUUUUCAAUUAAUGCAGCCUGCCUCAUAUAGUUCCACUGCAGCGCAUAUCCAUCACAAACACUACACUAUGGGUUCUCAAGAAGAGCUCCACCAAGCCAUUUUAAGCUCCGAACCAGAACCCGAAUCCGAAUCAGUAGCCUCCGCUAGUCAUGGCGGGGAGUCAUCUCCACUUGAGAAGGUACUAUCCGACACCCAGUUGCCGUGUUUCAAGAGGCUCCGAUUGGCCACAUGGAUUGAACUCAAGCUCCUCUUCCACCUUGCUGCUCCUGCCGUCUUCGUUUACUUGAUCAACAACACUAUGUCACUUUCUACACGUGUCUUCGCCGGCCACCUGGGUAAUCUCGAGCUUGCAGCUGCCUCGCUCGGCAAUAGCGGCAUCCAACUCUUUGCCUACGGCCUCAUGUUAGGUAUGGGAAGCGCUGUGGAGACUCUAUGUGGGCAAGCCUACGGUGCCCACAAGUACGACAUGUUAGGCAUAUAUCUCCAAAGAGCAACCAUAGUCCUAACCAUCACCGGACUUCCACUUCUUGCAGUCUUCAUCCUAAGCAAGCCCUUAUUGCUUUUAAUCGGAGAAUCAUCAGCCUUAGCCUCUGCGGCCGCAGUUUUCGUCUACGGUCUGAUCCCACAAAUGUUCGCUUACGCUGUCAAUUUUCCAAUCCAAAAAUUUCUCCAGGCCCAGAGAAUUGUGCUUCCAAGUGCCUACAUAUCUGCGGCUACGCUUGGGGUGCAUUUAUUGCUAAGUUGGGUGGCUGUAUACGAGUUAGGUUGGGGCUUGAUUGGUGCCUCGUUGGUUUUGAGCUUGUCUUGGUGGAUCAUUGUAAUUGCUCAGUUCGUCUACAUUUUGACAAGUAGCAAAUGUAAGCAGACAUGGAUUGGGUUUAGUUUGCAGGCGUUUUCGGGGUUGUGGGAGUUCGUGAAGUUAUCGGCUGCAUCGGCUGUGAUGUUGUGCUUGGAGGUGUGGUACUUUCAGGUGCUAGUGUUGAUUGCUGGCUUACUAAAGGACCCUGAGCUUGCUUUGAACUCAUUGUCUGUAUGCAUGGCGAUAAAUGGAGAAUUGAUCAUGGUUUCAAUUGGAUUUAACGCAGCUAUAAGUGUGCGAGUAAGCAACGAGCUGGGUGCUGGGAAUCCAAAGUCAGCAGCAUUCUCGGUUGUGAUAGUAACACUAGUGUCGUUGGCUAUUGCUAUAGUUGAAGCCGUCAUUGUUCUAUUGCUCCGCGAUGUAAUCAGUUAUGUCUUUACCAGUGGCGAAACUGUUGCCGAAGCCGUCUCUAAACUCACUCCGUAUUUGGCCUUUACUCUAAUCCUUAAUGGGAUUCAACCUGUCCUCUCGGGGGUGGCUGUUGGGUGUGGGUGGCAAACCUUUGUGGCAUAUGUGAAUGUGGGAUGCUAUUACGUGGUUGGAAUCCCAUUAGGCUGUCUUCUGGGAUUUAAGUUCGAUCUUGGUGCUCAGGGAAUAUGGUCAGGGAUGAUAGGAGGAACAUUGAUGCAGACCAUCAUCUUAUUGUGGGUAACAUUUCGUACGGACUGGAUUAAAGAGGUGGACACGAGUAAAAAGCGUUUGGAAAAAUGGGACGAGUCUAAUAAACAGCAGCAGCAACCUCUUCUCAAAAGCUGAUCAAUCAAAUUGAUCGAAGGCACAAGUUUCCAACAAUAAUAGUUUGCUAAUCAACUUGAUUUGAUUAGUAAGAGUACCAAUGAACACCCCACCCCAAAAAAAAUAAAAAUAAAUAAAUAAAAUUGUAUUGCAUAAUAAGAUUAUAUAUUGCAUGAAAUAGGAUGAAAUUAAUCAAUGAGAAUAUGAGAUGAUUAAAGGGCGCGCGUGCAUGCCAAUAUGCCAAGCAUGAAGGGAGGGAAACAAUACAUCACACAAAGAGAGUGGCAAGCGACUGAGCUAGCAUGAACUUUAUGUGCCUGUAAUUCUAAGUUACUAUUUGAGCAACCAAUUAAGUUAAGCUCAUGCUUUCCCAUGGGCAUUCAUUAAUCGCAACUCCUGAAAUUUCAUAAUAUGUACAUUUACCGAAUAUAACUUCUUGAACU